AUGGCGGGUGCGCGCCGGGACCCCGGGCGGGCGGAGCGCGGCGCUGAGGGAAGGAGGCGCCCGAGCCGGGCGGGGAGCAGCGGCCCGGGAACCGCAGCUCCCGCCAUUCCCUUCGCGGGGCGCGGCCCGCCGACCCGGAGCAGGAAGCAGAGGAUGGCGUCCCUUGACCCCAGGGCGGCACUGAAGAGAGAGCGGGGAGUGAUGGAGGUGAGCCGGCGCCGGCAGCGGGGAAGCGGGAGCGGGCGGACGAGAGCGCGGCCGCCUCAGCGUCCCCUCAGCGCCCGGCCGCGGGUGGCGGCUCCCGGCGGGGCGGGGCGGGCGGAGCUCCCGCGGGCACGGCCGGCCCUGCUCCCUCGGCUGCCGGCCGGUCCUGCGGCUCCGCCCCGGGCGGCGGGGCCCCGCGGGAGACGGGGCGAGGCGGGGCGGGCACCGCGGGCUCGGAGCAGCCGGGACGGGAGCGGAGCCGCGCCUUGCGAUGGGAUGAGAGAAGUGUCCUGCACUGCAAAUGGCCUCCUGUUUGACAUUUAUUGCUUGCUAGUCUGGAGUCAGCUUUGGUGGAUGAGGAAGGUUGGUGACUCUAAGAUGUUUGAGAGACUCAAACGAUCUGAUGAAGCUUCUGCUUCUUCAGCACAAGGAAUCCAAAGACAUGGUGUUGAGGGCUCUCCACGACAGGACAGCAGUAGCAGUUUACACAGAAGAGGACAAGAACAUCCUCGGCCUGGAGCAUCCACUGUGCAAAAUAGACAAGGAUACUGCAACUGUUGCCACGUACACUACAGUAAUCUGGAACAGCACAUUUUCAGCUCCCAGCACAGACAUUUUACAACAUACUGUAGGAAUCGUACCGGUGCCAGUAGCUUGAUGGAGCGUUUCCUUCAGGAUGUUUUGCAGCAUCAUCCCCACAGAUACCAUGACAGCAGACCAACCUAUGAUGACAUGCCAUUCCCCGUCACUCUGGAGGCUCCUAGGAUUUCUUGCCUGUCCUCAGAAGAGCUGCAGAAAAAGAGGAAUAGUGAGAAACAGGAGAUUUCCAGCAAAGACCAGGAGUCCAUUCGUGAAAUAGGCUCUUCUGCUCCGUGCCUGUCUCGUGAGGGCACAAAGAAAACUUCUGUUACACAAGCAGGUUUUCAAAAACUUCAAAGAGGCCAGGAACGUGCUCCAGGAAUAUCCCAGCAGUCUGUUGGCAUUUGUAGCGAUAAGAAAUGGGUAAAUAUGAAACAUGCUCGAAUUGCAGAUCAUAGCCAUGGAGGUCAGUCUACAGCUGUGAGCUCUGUACCUCAGCAGUUUUCUCUCAGUCCUACAAGCCACAGUUCCUCUGUUAAUCCUAAAACAGGAAAAAAUGUUAGGGAUUUGGCAGCAUCAAAUCUGUUUCUGCGUAGAGGAUGUGAUGAAAGAGCAGUGGAGGUCUGCAGUAGGGAUGUGUUAUUGAACCCACGCUUGAAUCCUGCUCCAGCACUGGCUCACCCAAAAUGCCCUUCAGUUUCUCAUCAGAAUCCCACACGCAGCCACAGCAAUUCUUCCUUUGUUACCUCAGGUCAGUCUCUCUCAAAGCGAGAUAGUUUACGAACUCAGGAUGAAACUUUGGUGUCUGAUCUCCAUCUCAGGGAUACUGUGGGUAUCAGCAGCUCCCUAGAUCUUGGGACAUCCCCACAGCUAGCAAGAUGCAAAAACAUGAAGACAAACAGAGGUGAUGAAAGUUCAGUGGAUGAAACUAUUGAAGAUGUAAUUGUGAAAUACUGCCAUGAAACUACAUCUGAAGAAAUUUAUUUCAAAAAAGAGAAUAAUCCCAGUGUACCUUUUUCAUCACUUCUGGACCAUACCAAUUUAGAGGGCUCUGAAAUGAGUUUUGACUGUGAUGCACCAGUACAGGUAGGAACAGAUUUACCCAAGGCAGCUAUAAAAGAUAUAGAAUUCCUGAAAGAGGUCCAAGUAUGUUUGCAAGAUAAGGACUAUGGAACACAGCUCUCUUCUGUUUUAAAAACUGAGUCAUUAGAGAAAAUAGAAGCAGUGAAAAAGGAUGUCGUAGUUCAUACCGAAGAACCAGUUCUUCCAGCCCUGCCUCACGUGCCUCCUUCUUUUGUGGGAAAAACUUGGUCUCAAAUAAUGUAUGAAGAUGAUAUAAAAAUUGAAGAACUUGUGCGUGAUUUCAGGGAAGGUCGUUUUCGCUGCUACUUUAACAGUGAAUCCUCAGCCAAUUGUGCAGGGAAGAGAAUGAAGAAAAAAAAGCAGAAGGAUGAAAAAAGGAUCAAUAUUAUUGAGGGUAAUAGAACAGAAAGUGCACCAGUUAAAGCACUGCCAGAAUUUAAUGAUGCUUUAAGUGUUGGCUCUGAUUUUGAUAACCCGUCUUUAGCCUCAGAUACACUAUGCAACCCACAAAUUGUAAAAAUGCCUAGGAAAAGGACAUGGCGCCUGGCUUCAAGGUGUCAGGUGGUUAAAGUCAGCCAUGGCACCCAAACAAGUCUACUGAACUACCCUGUAGCAAAAAGGAAAAUGUCUAGAAGGGAAUCUGAUCCAGCUGAUCAGAAAGCAAGCAUUGCGCUGCUGGAGAAUGAAAAAACUCCAAACAUGAAAACUAGACUAUGUGCCCUUAAACUUCCAGAGUCCUACAGCAAGAUCAUGAGUCCUGUACAGCCCAAGACAGUGGUGUAUGUACUCUCGUGCCCAGAGGUAAAACAGUGCAAAGGUAAACCUCUAGAUACUCCCAAAAUGAGGAAGAAUCAUCAUUCCACAGAUAGCAAGGACUCUGUAAGAUAUAAAUACAAACAGUGUUCUCUCAAGUAUUAUGACCCACUGACAAAUCGAAUUCUGAAAACUCCUCCUAAGAGUACAGUUGGAGAAAAGGCCAAAAAGCCCUCUCAUGUUCGACAGCUUUUCAGAAGUCUCAGCUUUGAUGCAAACGUGAAGAAACUAGCUGAUACACAGAGAGAAGGCACGCCAUCAAAGUCACUCAAUUGGUCAGACUUCUGUAGUUCUUCUUCAGCAUCUUUCCUGCCUGAUCGAGAUAAAGGCAAUGAUGCAGCUUCAAGUCAAAAGGCAGAUGGACCAUCUGUUGCCACAGAAAAACCAGAUUGUCUUGUAUCUGAGAACUCUUUUAAACACCUAAUCAUUUCACCUUUGAACUCUGUGAUAGAAGGAGAUUAUAGAUUAAUUCCAUUUAAUAGAAUUACCAAAACUCCUCUGACCUCCAUCAGGAGUGAGUGGUCAGAGAGGGAGACUCCAAAAGCAAUAUGGAAGAGAAAAGAAGGCACUAACAAAGAACCAGCUUUUCCCAGAAAGGCUGCAGGAUCUAACUCUGUCAGAUGUACUCUUGCUAGGAGAGGAAACAGAGUGACCACAGGCAAACAAACGUCCAGAACUAAAAAACAGCAGAAAGAGGGGAUGAGAAGACAACUUCAGCCUUGUGCCCAGAAAUCUGCUUUCUCCAUCCACAGGUGCCAGACAAGGAAAACUACAGUGGGAAAGCACCCUAAGAAAGAAAAGCCUGAUGCUAAAAAAUUAAAGGUGAGGAGGAAACCAAAAAGGGCCUUUCUGAACUCAACAGUUGUAACAGGGAUUCCUGAAAAAAGGCAGAAAGUCACAUCAGAAUCUUUUCCCAAGAAACCAGAGCAAGCUUCCUCCAAAGUCGGGAGCUGGGAAGUAAGUGGAGAUCGGGGUCAUCCUGGCACUGUGAGCCGGCGCUCUAGGAGAACCUCUGCUGUACCAUUACUUCGAAACUGCCUUGUUCUACCAGUCACUGUGGGCUCUCAUCAAGCAAUAAUGGACCAUGCUGGUAAGGAAAUAUGUCUCCUUAGGGGACUGUUCAAAUGGUGGUAGCUGAAGCUAAAAGAAAUAUAGGGUUAUGUUUGGGGGCUUUUUUGUUUGUUUCUAAAACCUUGUUUGAUUAAGUUUGUAGGUGAAUUUCACAUUCCUUAGUGAGGGGGAUGGAAAAGUUGUAAUGCAAACAAAUAGCAGCAAGUUGUUUCAGAAUGUCAGGCUUCAGUUUGGGGUUCUAUGCUUUCCUGGCUUUAUUUGGUGUAGUGUUGGUUAAAUUUUUAUGGACUAGAGUUCAAACUUCCUUCCUGAAUUUUCAGUAAAAUAUUUAUAAACCUAACACAGCAUCCAUUUAAAUGUAUUAGAGUUCAAAUAUUUGGUUAAAAAACCUGGUUGAAUAAAAAUUAUAUUCCAUAGAGAUUCAAGUUUGGCCCCUGGUAUUCCAUCUACUAUGGUUUUAUGGCAAAAAUAGCCCCAAACCCAUGGUGAUUUAGCUUAGUUUUCUUUCUUUUUUUAAUAGUUGUUAUGAUGACAGUUUAUUUGAUGUGGUUAGGAGACAUAAAGCCAGUCUCACAGAUGUUUCUGUGCUUUAAAACUUAAGAUUAAUGGUUCAUUUACAGUAAAUUAAGCACACAGUUAAACAUCAUCAUAAUCCAGGCUUCGGUUUUCAAAUCUUGAAUUUGAUAUAUUAUAUAAUCUAUUUGGCCUUGAAGGUCUUCAUAAAUUCUCCAGUGAUACAAUACAUUUUUCAGAACACAAGAAAAACAUGGAAAAGAGCAGACUUUGCCCUCUCUGGCAUUGAACAUAUCUGUGCAUUUUCCCCCCAGAAAACAAAACUGUUCUUGAUUCUUCAUUCACUUCUUUCUGAAGUGUAAAGGGUCACAGAUUUGGGCUGAGAUAAAGGUGGACUUGGAAAUGGUUUAUUUUAAUAUGCAGUAUCUGAAGGAAAUAUAAAAGCUGUCAUCAUAAAUCACAUGUUCAGAGAAUAUUUUGAGGAUGUUUUUAAUGUAUGUGCAUAUUUCCUAAGAUAAAUAAAAGAUGUGCAUGUGUCAGCUGGAAAGUAAGUUCCUUUACAAGUCAAAUAUGAUCUGACAGAUUUUUUUAUUUGUUUUGUUUUAAUUUAUUUUAUUUUUUAUAUAAAAGUUGAUUUCUUUGGAUGAAUUUUCCUAUGGUUGUCAGUAGACACAGAAUCUUAUGACUGUAUUGCAAGUCACUGGAAAAUGAAGGGCUGUAAUAUAAAUUUUUAUAGCCCUCAACUAAUUGUGCCUGUAUAAUUUAAUAUUUUGUCUAAUAUAAAACUGAUGUUUUUAAAGCAAAGUUUUAAAGGAAUGGUUUUUAUAGAGAGGCUAAUUUUUAGAUAAAGCAAAAGAAGAUUUUUAAAUAAAUUUGUUUUAAAGCAAAGCUUUAACUAUAGAUAAGUCCCAUUCUAACAUAUUUUUAUGAUACAAGAAUGUUUUCCUAUUUAACUUCUUCCAUCUUACUUUUCACAGUAUUUCACACGUGAAGAGCAUGAAUUAUUUUGUGUGUGAAUAAGUUUUAAUGUACAUUGUACUUAAAGAACACUAGUGUGUAAUUGUUUAGAGUCAAAAUACUGUUCUCCAUACUCAUUCAUUGUACAUUUGUAUUAUUCCAGUGCACAACUUUUCCUUGAAAUCUUGAGUAAUAAAGAUGUGUUGAGGACUAUAAAAUUACUAAUAUUUUUAGACUGUAAUUUCUUUUGUUUUUGGUAAUAGACCCUCUUAUCAGGGUGGGAUUUUUAGAAGAAAAACGUUGUAUUUAAAUAAGAGUGUAAGUAGCUAUAUAUUUUUCUUAAAAAAAAGAAAAAAAAUGAAAAAAAGUAUGUAAGAAUUUAUUGGAAGAAUAAGACUUGAGGUACAAGUCUGGAAACAUUUAUGUGGUUCAUAUUGUCAAACUAAGGUUUACUGUAGGCUUGGAUAUUAAUCUGUGCCUCACUUCUGAAUAUUCAGAACCCUCUUCUGUGCAUGCUCAAUGACCACUAGGAAAAAGAGGAAAGACUGAUAUGAGAAGUAAAAGCAGAAGCUGCUUUGGAAUGAGAAUUAUGAACAUAUUUGCAAAACAAAAUAUUGCAAAGAUCCUCAGUAUCGUGUGCAAGAAGGAGAAGAUUCUGGGGUCUUGAGAAAUAGGCAGGUACUUUCCUGUUAGAUAAGUAAUGGAGUUUCUGCCAUUAUGGGAUAGAACAUUGUUUCAUUAGCAGCAUGGCUGGUACUUCAAAGCUUUGUUGUGAAGUCUACGGCAAUGGCAACUUGAGAACUGAAAUACUUUCUCUCCAAAAUUGGUGGGUGGGUUGGUUGGUUUUGGGUGAUAUUUCUUGUUUCUAUUUUUCUUUGUGUUUUUUUCCCUUUUGUAUUUUUUUUUUUUUUUUGGUAGGGGGUUGCAAUCUGGGUUCUUUUGAUGUUAGUGGACAAAGAGGCAAAGGGGUUUUGUCAGUAUGUUUGCAUGUCUUAACAUAGAGAAGCAAGAAAAAAAGCUGGAGUAGAGAAGAGUAAAGUCAUGCUUUUUGAAUUAAAUUGGCAGCAGUUAGAACCAGUAUCUUCCUUAAUAGAAGAGAAAAGUGUUACCAUUUCUUCAGUACAUCUGCAAUUUUGACCUGUAAGUUUGUUGUUUUUAUUACACAUUCAUAAUUUUUAAAAAGUCUCUCCCCACAUAAAGUACUCAUUCAGCCUUUCAAAACAGUCUUAUUCUAAGCAGAUAGAUUUAGAUUUUUAUUAUUCAUCAGGCUUGUGAACCAUGAGUGUGACUCCAUCGUAUUGUGCCAGGUGCUAACCAAACAUAAAAUAGCAAUCCCCCAAAACUUCAGAUAUAUAACACUUGCACCUCGCAGUUCUUCAGUUAAUUUUCUGAUAGGAUUUUUUGCUCUCUUGUUCUUUCUGACAGGUUUGUAUCCAAUGUUCUGGUAAUUCUGUUAUGAAAGUACCUCUCUCUGGGACUCAGAUAAAUGAGGUUAUUUCUGUUUAUAAUGAGCCUAUGGGUUCAUCUGAAAUUGUGUUUUAAGUUUCAUGCUGAGUUUGUGCCCAAAUGAGAAUGUGUUUUGUGGUUUUCAUGUUGUUGCUAUUGAUAAUGUAUUUUGCAAUAAUUUUGCUUGAUGUUGUAAUUUUUUACCUGUUUCUCUAUCUCGUUUUUCUGUGGUUGUUUGACACAAUGUGGUUUUGUAAGGAUACAGCGAUACUACAGACUGGUUUGGUGGUGUUGCUGGAUGUUCUUUCUCUGUAUCUUCUGCUCAUUUUAUUUCAGAUUUGUUGUUUCCAUUGUUCUUCCCAGUCACGUAUUUGGAUUUCUUUUUUUAUGUUGUAAGAGCUAAAUUUCAGGGCAGUAUGUUCUGUUUGGAAGUAAAUCAGUGACAGGUGACAGAAGAGGAUGUUGUCCCAGUCUGAAGUGCAGAGGGCAGGUUGGCACAGGUGCUCCUGUGCUUGGGAGUCUGUUUUACGUCACUGAAUAGUGGGAAACAGGAGUGGGAUGAUGAUUCUUUAUUCCUUUGCCAGUCUUCCUUUCUUCUUACUUUGGGGUCACUCUGCCUGAGAACAAAGUAAUCUGAACUCAUACUGGAAAUAAGUAACUUUUGGUGUUUUGGGGACAGAUAGGAAAAGUAAAAUGUAUCUCUUUCACUAAUGUAACUAAAAUCACUGAAUUUUUGCCUUUAAUGUUUUACCUGCUGAAUUACAGCAUUCCUGAUAAUAUUUUUCAGAAAAAUUUGUAAUAGCAUAGUUCUGAGCAUGCCCAGAAGCAAAGGUUUUGUUCCUUGUUUGUUUUGCACUUAUAAAUUCAUUCAUUCCUUCAGCAGAACAAAUCUUGUUUUAAUAAAAUAAAGACUGAA